AAACACCGAAGAGUAUUUGGUCGUUGUAUAAAAGCCCGGUCGCAAGUUGUUCCAGAAACAGAACCGCAUCAGCAGUUCUUUCGCGCUGAAUCGGAUCCAUUUCCAUCCUUCCUGUCACAAGAUGAAAUUGGCGUUAGUCUUCUUGAUGGCCCUGGUGGUCAUUUCUCAACAGUUUUACCUUCGUCAGCCAUACUCUCGAACGUUUUGGCUAUCGCCCUAUCCGCCACAAGAUUUUCUCAGUCAUUACCAGCCACUAGUAAUGCCCAUACCUGAAAACUUGGACACGGUUUCCAAAGAUAUUCAAAAUGACACGAACGAAUUUCCGGAUACUCAAUCAAGAAUCCGAGGUUUCGGUAAUAAGAAGUCGUCAUCGUCCAAUAACGAACCUGCGCAACGGUUUCUACUUGGUGCUAGUUUCGGAAACAAUGGCUACACGGGCAAUGGAAACGUGCGCUACCCAUUUUUGAAUACUUACACUACGACGACUACAAGUACAAGCACUGUAGUUACCUUAUCGACCAGCACAGUCAUGAGUACAUCGACCACGUCCACCACCAGCACCAGCACGGCUGUUAUAACUACUACAGCCACUUUGUCUCUAACGUCCGUGGUGAAAUGCGUUCCACAGUUCCAGGUAGCGGCAGGAGCGGGUCCUUGUGGCCGGAAGAAGAGGUCAACCGAGGAUUUCGAAAACGAGCCUCAAUUUGCCAUCAAUCCGUCUGCAACGCUAAAAGUGACACCAACGGCUCUUCCGUCCGAAUCGACUCAACUAAGAGAAAUAAGAGAAUUAGGUCUACCCAGCGACGAGCACCAAGUUGUUGGAAGUUUACGUUCGUCUAAAACAGAAGUUUACCUCGAUGAAGCGCCAGAAGAAGAACAGAAAACCAUAAGAGAGAAAAGAUUUUUCCUUGCUAACAGGAACUAUUUCUUCACGUCGACAUCGACAACUACGUCGACUUCCACUUUAGUAGUUCCGGUAACAUCAGUGAUCCAGUCGAUCACCACUUUGACUGCAUUUGCCACGACGACAGUGAGCUCGUUCCUGUUUGCCAACUCGACCAUUACGCAAACAAUUAACCUGAUAACCCCAGUUCCAGUAGCUCAAUGUGUUCCAGCAGCCGCCGUACCCGCCGCAGGCGCAGUGGCAGCCGUACCCGCAAUCAAUUGUCUUUCGUGUUUGCCAACUGGCUUCGUUGUCUGCGCUGUCGCUGGCUAAGCAUCUUGGUUCAUGGCACGGACAUCAUCAAGAAAUGCAAAUAAGUUAUUGAAGUUUGAUUUAGAUGCUGUACUCAAAUUCGUACAAGAUUUUGGUAAAUACCGUACGAGUUGGUGAAGUUCAAGCUGCCGUAGUUAGCAAUGUAGAAGUAGUGUGUACCUCAGCUUGUUCUGUUCUUCUAACUUGGCUUCCAAUUGCAUUUUUUGCUCAGGCUUUGUUGAUUACGUACCAUUUCAAUUCCGCAGUUUUCCACCUUGCAUUCUGGUUGCUGUUUAUUAGUGAAAUAUAAUAUUAGAAGCAUCAA